AUGGAGGAAGCCUUAUUAGCUUUAAAAGAGAAUAGCAUUUAAUUGGCAAUAAACAAAUUUCAAAGACAAAAAGUUGAGAAUGAAGGAGCUAAAGUUCUUUUAAGUAAAAUUAAUGAGUUUUACUAAUCAUAAAGAGAGAUGGCUUGUAAUUGGAUCAUUCGGAAUGAACAAAUUUCAAUAGUUAAUAAAUUUCGAGCUUAUAAUAUCUUAGGUUGUACCUUAGAUGAUGAAAAUGAGAAAUAUACAAAUUUUGCAAUGGCAUUAAAAAUGGGUAUUAAUUAGCAUUUUGAUAUCUCUGACACUCUGAUAAAUUUUCAAAAGGUGUGCUUACGUUAAUAAAAAUAUGAUUAUGUCGUUAAAUUUGCUAAAGUUUCUAAUUCAUUUUAAGGAAGACAUCGAGUAGUAGCAUUAUACAAUUAAGCUAAAGGUCAUCUUGGGUUAAAUUAAAUAAAAGAAUGCAAAGAAUGUUCGUAAUAGGCUUAUUAAGAAUGUAAAAGUCUCUACGGACUGAAAGAUCCUAUGACGAUACGAUUAGAGGAAUACUUAAAUUUAUUAGAACAGAACUAAGAUUUAUAUAUAAGCUAUCAAACACCUAAUAAUCUCGAUUUAUCAAGAUUAUCAUUUUAGAGUAGUUAACCAAGAACCAAAUAACGUUUUGAUAGAACUUUUACCUAAUUUGAUAAUAAAAAUAUGUCAAAUGAUUUCAAAAGAGAAAACCUAAAUACAUAAGAAUUAAGAGCAGAGUUUUUUUAUUAAAAUAAAAAAACAAAUACAUUAGAGAAUUAAAGUUUCUGUUGUGAUUUAAUCUAAGAGUUUUUCAGUUUUGCAGAUAUCACAAUAAUAGUAAAGAAUGUAUAACCUAAUUCUCCUUGCUAAGCAUUAUUUUAAGAUUAUUAAAAUUUACUCUAAGAAAUUCUAGAUGAAGGGGAAGAAUAAAAUAAUUAAAUAUCUCAAUUAAACAACAUUUCAGAAGAAACUACUAAGAACAAUGUAUUAAUAUACUAAUUAACACCACAGAAUGAGAAUAAUAUAUCCUAAUUAGAUAAAAUGAUCUACAUUUAAAGAGCAUAAAUUUAGGGCCUUCUUAUAUAAAGUGUUUAAAAAGAUAUUAAUUUAAAAUUAGAUGAAAACUUAUUCUAAUAUCAAGUCAUGAAAGGGUCUAAAGCAAAACAAGAUGAUAUAAAUGAUUUCUUUCUGAACCUGAAAAAUACUUUGGAUAGUAUUGUAAUAUUAACAUAUAAAUGUUAAUCUGAGAUAGAAGCAGAUAGAAUUCUAAACAUUUUAAAAUAAAAGAUUAUUUAUAAAAAUAUUAGCAGACAACUGAAUGUAGAAGAUUUAGAUAUAAUUUUAUCAUCUGAAAUCAAUCUAACUGAUUUUUCAAUUUAUCCUACUUUAUUAAGAUAGGCUUAAAACUUAAAAUCAAAUACAAACUAGAUUAUAGUUAUUUGUAAGCUAAGUAACCCAUCUAAUCUUUAGUAACUUUAGAAUUAGUUCUAAGGAUUGGUAUAAAAAUCCUAAUAUUUAUAAUUAAUAAAGGAUUAAUUUGAUAUAGAACUUGUAUUUAAUCCUGAUGUAAAUGAUAUAGAUCAAAAAGGAAGGUAACUUUAGUAGAAUGAAGAAUAGUUUGAAAUAUCAGUAUCAUAACCAGAACUUAAUGUUGGAAAUAAAAAAAUGUUUGUUGUUAAUUCAGUAAUACAAUUCUGGAUGGAUAGUAGGACUUAAUCGAUGAAUGAAGAAAAAUAAAUAUUUACAAGAAUCACACAUUUAAUAUUGUAAAUCUAUUUUCCAAGCUUAUCCAUUACUGUAAAAGAUGAAAAGCAAAUGAAAUUAUGGUAAAAUUUCUUGUAUCAAUUUCAUCCUAAUAAUCCAAAAGAAUCUUACAUUAUUAAUACAUAGUUAUUAAUAGAAAUAUAAGGAGAAUCAACUAAAAUAGAAGACAAAUAUAAAUCAAUUAUAAAAGAGUUAACAGAAUUUCAGUUCAAGAGAUUUUCCUUUGACGUUCAAGAGGAGAUUGCAAAAGUUUUAGCAGAAGAACAAAAUUUUGAAAACCAAUUUAAAUCUAGUUUAGAAAGAAUUUCUCAAAAAUAAGGGCAAUGUCUAAUUUAGAUUGUUGGGGUUAGUAAUAAUAAAAUAUUAGUUGAUGUUUAUGUAAAUGAUAAAACAAAAUUAAAUAAUAUUUAAAGUGACCUUUAAAAAGAUUUCUUUAAUGAGUUAUGUAUACAUGUAGAAAAGAACCUUGACAUUGAAGAUUUAUACGCUUAUUUAGGAAUGGAUAAAUAAUAGUUCAAAGCUGAAUAUGAAGUUGAAGUACAUAGGUGCAAUAAAGAGUAUUUUUUCAUUUGUUUAAAUAUACUUUUAGACGAGGUUAAACAAUUAAUUGAGUACACAAAAUAGGAAAAAAAAGAAAAUAGAAAAAAUGAAUGUAUUGAGUGCAAAAAUACCCUUGUAUUCCUUGAAAUAAAAAAAUAAUUCGUGAAUGAAUCAACUUAUGGAAAUGAAGAAAUUCAUAUCAAUUUUGCCUAAAAUAACAAAAUUAUAAUCAAAGCAUCGAAAUAAGAGUUAUUAAAAACAACAUCUGAGACAAUAAUUUAAAAAAUGAAAAAUCUUGAAAAUUAAUUGAUAAGUAAAGUUUGUACAUUUUAAGAAAAACAGAUGAAAUUUUUCAAAAAGAAGUUCGAAUCAUAAUACAAAGAUUUAGAAAAUGAGAAAUCAGUAGCAAUCAAAUUUUAGACUAAUUAAUUUUCAAUAAUAUCUAGAGUCUUAUUCGAAGAUAAAAAACUUCAGUUGAUUUAAGCUAAUAUAAUUUCAUUAGAAUGCGAUGCUAUAGUAAAUUUUCAUUGUUCACAAAAAAACAAUUUUGGAGUUAGCACUUUAACACAAGAAAUUUUAGAUUUUGGAGGAUCAUUGUAUUAGCAAAAUUUUCUUGAGCUUUUAACAAACAAUACUCCUUCAUAAAAUGAAAUUGAUAUCACAAUUUCUUAAUUAAGUUCAUUUCGAAAUAUCCAUUAUAUUAUCAAUUUAAUUAUUCCUACUUCAAGCAUCCUGAGUAAUAGUAAUCCUUAAACAAUAUAAUAAAUUAUAGAUAGUCUUUUCGAUCACAUUCAAAACAAAUAUGAAAUCUCUAGAUUAGCUAUUCCAAUAUUUAAUAUUUGUGGGAAUACUCAUACCUAAAAUAUUUAAACAUAUCUUAAUGCUAUAAUUUAGAGAUUAUUCAAUAAUGAACAUCCAGUCAAUUAAAUCUAUUUAGUUGAAAUAGAUCAAUAAAAAAUACAAAUUGUAGAUUCUGUUCUUUCGGAUAUUUCAAAAGUUUCUCCAAAUAGUCACUCACAGAAUUAAUGGCAAUGGAGAGAUACAAUUAAUUUUGUAAAUUAUAAUGAGGAUAUAAAUAAAUAAAUAGAUGAUGCUUAUGAAAGAUUUGAAAAAUCAAAAUAAGAAAUAAUUAUUGAUUUAAAAUUUCAGAUUGAAAGCAAACCAAGUACUCAUACUGUUGAUCUAAAAAAUUUAAAAAUAAAGGAAUUAUCAUCUAAUUUUGAGUAGAAAAUAAUUUUUGAAAGAAAAAGGAAUAAAAUAAGUUAUUUCAUUAACGAUGAAGAAUUAGAAUAAGAACUGACUUAAUAUUUUAUCAAUAUGUAUAAUAAAUAAUGCUUUUUAUUUGACAUUUUUUGGAAAAAUUUGUAAGUAGUAUUUAAUAACUAAGGUAUGUAUUAACUGAAUACAAAUACGAAUUAUAAAAGAAUUAUUUAAAAAAUUCCUUAUUUGCAAGACAAGUUGGGAGCAAAACAACUAUAUGAAUUAAAUAUUAAUAAGAUUUAAGAUUGCUAAAAUUAAAUUGUGAUUUAAUCUUUCGAUUCUGAUUUGAAUGAUAUGAUUUUAAGAGAGAUUAAAGAAAAAUUGUCUCAAUCCUUAAUUACUUAAAGAAUAGUUUUACCUUAAUUGAGUAAUAACGAACUAAAAAAUUUUACUGGAUAUAUAGAAAGCAUAGCUUAAGUUAUUCAAGGUAGAAUGAUGUCAGGAUAAACUAUUAAUGUUGAAAUUUUUAAAAAUAAAGAAAAAAAGUUGUUUCAACAAUUAGAAUUAGUCAAAAGUUAUGCAAAAGAAUACCCUAAGAACUGGAUAGCCUAAACAGAAAAUUACAUCAAAGUUCUUCUUGAUUAAAAUUCCUAGGAAUAUAAAUAAAUUAAAAAUCUGUUUUAGAAAACAGAGAAGGGAUCUAUUAAAGCUAUUUUUAGGAUAUAGAAUAAAGUGUUAUGGGAUAAUUAUAUUGUAGAGAGGAACAAGUUAUUUGAAAUUCAUAAAAAGUAAUCAGGACUAUUACUUCCAGAAGAACGGGAGAGAUAUCUGUGGCAUGGAGUAUAUUCAUAACAUCCAUCCGUAAUAUACAAGAAUUAGACAGAAGCUUUUGAUGUUACAUAUAGUAGAGUUGGAUUAUGGGGAUAAGGUAUUUAUUUUGCCGAAAAUGCCUCCUACUCCAGAACUUAUUCUUAUAAAAUUUAAAUUCAAGAUGAUCCUAAAUAUGCGGGCAAUUUAGUAUUUUUAUGUUGCUUAGUUACAACUGGUAAAGCUGAAAAUUGUUAGCAAAAUAAUAAUAUUAGAAAACCAAGCGAUGGAUUUGAUUGUGUUACUGGAUUUACAAAUGGAAGCAACAUAUUCGUUAUAUAUUAAAUGCAUGUAAGAAGAGCAUACCCAGCAUAUGAAGUUAUCUAUUCAUGA